GUUUAUUUUGGUGGUCACUCGUUCAAUGGAAAUCUGGUUAAGGUGUUUGGCAGAGGGAUCAACUGUCGGAUUCCAAGGACAUGCGAGAUAAGAGGAGCUGACAACGAGAGCUGAGCAAGGGAGCGCUGCUGCUUUGGGAGCCUGAGUGGAUUCCUAUCUUUUUUUUCUUUUUUUCUCUCUUUUCCCUAGUCAGCGAGAAAAGGGUAAAAAAAAAAAGAACUCACUAGGGGCCUCUGAAUCUCUCUUUUUGGAUGUGUGGAAUUACAAAAGGGCUCAUCUUGGUUAAGCUCUUUGGCACUGAUACCUGUUUUGAAAAAGAAAAUAUAUAAAAAGGCUUUCUUUGCUGCUCUGGAAUAUAUAUAUGUACACAGCUGAAUGCCACAGCAUUGUGAUUGCAAAAAGGAGGGAAGCUAUAUAUCUCAGUUCAAGGACCUGUUAUAAUUACUUGAGGUAGGUGUCUAGUGUUUCAACCCCUUAUUGCAUAAAUUUGUAACAAAUGACCCCUUCUGUCAUGUACUAUAUUUUUUAAAAUGCUUAAUUUACCAUGAUUCCCUUCACAUAUAGACAUUCGUAAAGACUCCUCCCAUCUUUCCCUUUCCCCUUCUCCAUGAGAACAGUUGAUAGCAAUUAAAGAAUUGCUCGCUGAAGAACAGGUCAAGUCCAGUCAGACCUUAGCAAAACCCUAAAAACACACAUUUCAUUCUUGACCUUUUCUGUUUCUGACUCUUUAAUCUGGUGCCCUACUUAUAUUAACACCGACACUGCUAUCGGCCAAUUGGCUACUUUUCCUGCUACCCCAAAACAUUAGUCCACCAACCCCCAUCCUCCCCCCCAGAUGAUGGUGAAUUAUGAACGUGCCACAUCAUGAGUCUCCUGGGGCGGGUAGCUGUGCAUCGUGCCAGGAAAGCCACCCUGCUCUGUGUAGUCUUCCUGAUGGCUCGAGCAUGGAGCAGCGCCUCCCUGGCCUCAGCGGGGGUGGCGUCAUCCCAAGGAGCCCAGGGGUGUCCACCCCAGUGUUCCUGUAGUAGUCAGCAGGGGAAGGUUGUGUGCACUCGACGUGGUCUCACUCGUGUGCCCCCUGGCAUACCUGCCAACACGCGCCACCUCAAUCUCAUGGAGAACGCCAUUGAGGCGGUGCAGGCUGACUCCUUUCGCCACCUGCACCACCUUGAGGUGCUUCAACUUGGGCGAAAUGCAAUUCGUCAGAUUGAGGUGGGCGCAUUCAAUGGACUAACCAGCCUCAACACACUGGAGCUGUUUGACAACAGAUUGACCGUGGUACCCAGUGGAGCCUUUGAGUACCUCUCUAAACUUAGAGAACUGUGGCUAAGGAACAACCCAAUUGAGAGUAUACCAUCCUACGCCUUCAACCGAGUGCCCUCACUCAUGAGACUGGACUUGGGCGAGCUAAGGAAACUGGAGUACAUCUCAGAGGGAGCUUUUGAGGGCUUACAUAACCUCAAGUACCUCAAUCUGGGCAUGUGCAACAUAAGAGGUGAUAUGCCAAAUCUGAGUCCUCUCAAGGGUCUAGAGGAAAUGGAAAUAUCUGAAAAUCACUUUCCGGUGAUAAGGCCUGGCUCUUUCAAAGGCCUGCGCUCACUGAAAAAGCUAUGGGUGAUGAACUCACAAAUCACUGUAAUAGAAAGAAAUGCAUUUGACGACCUAUCUUCGCUGGUGGAGCUCAAUCUGGCCCAUAACAACCUGUCUGCAGUGCCCCAUGAUCUAUUCUACCCGCUCAGGUACCUGGUGGAGCUCCAUCUCCACCAUAAUCCUUGGACCUGUGGCUGUGAGGCUGUAUGGUUAGCACGCUGGCUAAGGGAGUACAUCCCGACCAACUCGACUUGCUGUGGACGCUGUCACUCGCCUGCUAGCAUGAGGGGUCGACAACUGGUUGAGGUGGAUCGAGGAGAGGGUGCUGCAGUUCAGUGUUCCGCACCAUUCAUUGCUGAUGCACCAAAAGACUUAAACAUCUCAGCUGGGCGAGUAGCUGACUUUCGUUGCAGCACAGCAUCAAUGUCCUCAGUUCGAUGGUUGUUGCCUAAUGGGACUGUACUGACACAUGCCUCAGAUCACCCAAGAAUAUUAGUCUUGAAUGAUGGCACUCUGAACUUCUCCAACGUCCUAACAUCAGACAAAGGCACUUAUACCUGCAUGGUUUCCAAUGCAGCUGGGAACUCCAAUGCCUCUGCCUACCUGAAUGUGAGCGCAGCCGAGCUAAAUACAUCCAACCUGAGCUACUUUACAACAGUAACUGUGGAAGUCUUGGGACCUACCACUGAAAUGCCUAAACCUAAAAGCACCACCACAGGCACAGCAUCAGCAACUGGUGUUGGGCUAGCAGGGGGAGGGAUAGGCCUAGGAACAACAACUACAACCGCCUCCCCUUCCGUGUUCCAGCCAGUGUUCAUCUCGACACCAACUGUGUUGCUGCAAAACAAUGACAGCUCACCAAGUGGAGAUAAGACAUCUUCGUUGCCAGGGCUCCAGGGUGCCACUGGUAAGCCGGGUAAACCUGGGCCCAGCCUGGAUGAAGUGAUGAAGACUACCAAGAUCAUAAUUGGCUGUUUUGUGGCAGUGACCCUGUUGGCUGCCAUCAUGUUAAUUGCCUUCUACAAAUUGAGAAAGCGCCAUCAGCAGAGGAGCACAGUGGCCGCUGCUCGUACUGUGGAGAUUAUUCAGGUGGAUGAGGAAGAUCUUCCACCACCAGCAUCUGCAACUCAAGAGACAGCUCUCACAUUGCCUGAAAUCCGGGACCAUAACAGCAUACAUAAAUUGGACUUCAUUAGCCACAAGACCGACUACAGCUAUCACAAACCCAAGAUUGAAUACAAACCACAGCCGGAUUUCACGCUUCACAUGCCCAAGGCGGAGUAUACGACUUAUAAGCCGAAUGUGGACUUCAGUAGCCACAAACCCAUCCCAGAUUACAGCGCUCACAAAUCUACACCAGAUUUCGGCCACCACAGAACAAAGCCAGACUACAGCCCUUUCAGACAAAAUAUUCACAAAACUAAAGGAGAAUACAGCCCAUUUAAAGCAGAAUUUGGCACCAACCCAAAAAGCAAAACGGACUACAGCCCCUUCAAACCGGAUUUUAGCACUCACCCCAGGCAGAAACCCGACUUCAGUCCAUUUAAACGAGAUUACAACACACAACCCAAGUCCAAACAUGACUACAGCCCACUGAAAUCAGACUUCGACACACAGCCAAAAUCUAAGGCCGACUACAGCCCGUUCAAGCCGGACUAUGGUACACAUCCAAGACAAAAGCCAGAUUACUCCCAAUACAAACCUGACUACAGCACUCAACCUAAGUCCAAAACAGAUCACAACGCCCAGAGGUCUAAAACUGACCUAACCUACAACCCCAAGGACCCUUACACUCCUCAUAAGACUGCAACGGAUUACAUCGCCUACAAGUCAGACUUCAGUCCACACACUCAGAGAGAAAACCUUGACUACAGUCCACACAAAAUGGAUUACAGCCCUCACAAAGUGGACUACAGCACUAUGAAGCCUAAAUAUAACACCUACAAACCAAGUGGCCAUGGGGCUAAAUGGACAGAGAACAAUGUUGGGAACUCUUUGCCUCGAACCUUGCCCAGUGCGAUUACAACAAUGGCUGAGCCCUUUGUCAUAAAAACUCACAACAAGGAGAAGGUGCAGGAGACUCAGAUUUAAAUGCCGCCCCCUCCCACCUUUUUGCCCCCCCAAAGUUCCAAAUCCAUUACCCAGACCCGUUGGUCCCACCCACCAAACUCAUCCUCCAUACUUUGUCCUUUCCCUGUAAAAUCAUGCAAUAGAAUGCACAACAAAAAAGGACAGGAAUUACUUUUUUGUACAGAGUGAAAACCUAAAGACUGAUUAUUUCUUGUUGUACAUGCUUAUAAAUAAAUAUAUAUAUGGACAAAUUGAAACUACCAUGGGCUGGUGAUAGAGAAACAUAUAUUAAAAAGAAAAUGAAACUAUUUUCUAACUUGUAACUUCUAUUUAAAAAUGAGUUGUUAAGAUGCUGUCUUGACUUUGACAAAUGAGGGUAGUCUUGUUUCAAAAGGGGCAUUCUGUGAGAUUUUUACACCAUGCUACAGAGAAUGCAGUGUUGAGAAAAUAUUUAUACUGAGAAGACUUUCUUAAACAAAAACCGAAAAAGGUCAAUGUCGAUCUUUACAGGUAUAUCUUGUAAAAGCACCAAGAAUUUGUACUGUGCCAAAUGUUAUAAAUGCAAUAAAAUGGAUUUUUGGAAGAAAAAAAGAAGGAAGUUUUAAAGGGAUAUGUUUUUUUCUGCUUCUCUUCUAGCGUAUACUGUAACGAUCAGCCAAAAGCUUUAGACACUGCAGUAAGACGCUGCAGCUAUACUUUAACCCUACAUGUGCUGAAUGAGUCAAGCAGAAUGAAUCACAUUGCUGAAAUGACUGGUGCUUUACUUUUAAAUCUAUUAAAAAUAAUUUUAUGAUUUAAACUUAAACCUAGUGGUAAACUGAAGGCUGGUUUUCUCACAGUGUUUCUCAUCAAAAGCUCUUCUAUUCAUUUAGAUCUUUACAAGAUGCAAGGGUUUUUUAAAAAAAAACAAGUAUAGCAGUGCUCUCAUAACAUCUAUUCUUAAUCACAAUGUUCAUUAUAUAAAGAUCCUCAGUAAUUGAAGCUGAGUGUGCUACCUCUAAUAUUCUCGCCAUCACUAACUGAUGUAAUUAGUCAUGUUUUUGACGAGUGUGAAGUAGAUAAAUUAAGGUGAAAUACUGUUUAGGUGUUGAGACUGUCUUGCACUUUGCCAGAAAAUAUAGAUCCUCAUUUCACUUUUCAUUGCAUUGCCAGCUGUUGUGCCUUCAUCCAUCAGUAUGGGGGCUUUUUAUGGUGACAAAUGCAUUUGUGUCUUGCCAUUAACUGUGCAUUUUUCAUCUUGACAAUUUCACCCCUCUCAGUCAUAAUAUCGCUCUCAGUUCGGUGCCUAACAAAGAAAGAUAACGGGCACAUUCACGCUGUCCUGUGGCUUGUGUUGCAUACUUGAACCAGUUUGUGUAUGGAAACCAUAGUGUGUGUAUGUAGGACAGGAGCCAGCCCGGUGUUGAAGCCACGGUACUGCAUAUUGUGUGACAUUGUCGGAGACACAUUUGGUUAUUUAAAGGAUAUGGAGGAGAAAAGCUCAGAGUAAUCAACCACUAAGAGCCACAAACUGCUUAGAGUGCAGAAGAAAUGCAUUUUGAUUCUUUUUUUUGACAUUGAGUAAAAACUCGUCAUCAAAUAGACCACAACAGCAGUAGUUUAUGAUCAAAUCCACCAUCACAGGUCUGUGCAGGGAGAGCUGUGGCCUAGUCGCGCACUCCACUGCACUGGUUGAUAGAAAUUUCAUCAUCUAAGGAAGACGCAUGUAAGGGUGAUGUUAUUUGAACUUAAAGAACAGAGAAGCCAACGUGGCAUCACAAAGGCAAUCAAAAAAAAAACAGAGGCAGUUAGCGAGGAGCUUGUGAUGUACUUAACCUGCAGUAGAAAGUGUCAGGAUGAGAAGAGUGAUGUGUACAUUGUCUUAAGGCUGAUGGGACGGUUGUGGGUGGCAGGAGUGAUGGAGUCAGAAAAAGGCAAGUGGUAAUGGACGGUUGAAAAAGUAAACGGAGCAAUUACAGUCAUCUCUUUCUACGUUUAAUAGAGAA